UAGAUAAACCGAGAAUAAAUGCGUGAUUUUAUGUGAAGUUUCACACUAUCCUGGGGUUUGCUUCGCAGUUCGCGGAAUUAUUUUCGAUUGGAGAAUCAUCCCGAAAAUGAGGCAAAUUCUCCUAUUAAUUUGCUUCAGUUGGCUUGCUGAUUGUGGUGCGGAACUUCGUACACGUGAAGCAGCGUUGGGAGUUGUCUGCUCUUUUAAAGAAAAAACAUACCGACCCGGAGACAGCUGGCAUCCCUAUCUGGAGCCUUUUGGAUUCAUGUUCUGUAUGCGCUGUGCUUGCACUGAGACAGGCAAUGUGAAAUGUAACACAAUAAAGUGUCCAGCUCUUCGCUGUGAGAAUCCUGUGACUGAUGCCAAGCAGUGUUGCCCCCGUUGCACAGACGAGCCUAGGAUUCCUGCAGGAUUGAGAGCCCCAGUGAAGUCCUGCAGGUAUAAUGGGAGUAUUUACCAACCAGGGGAAACCUUUACCAAACUUGACCUCUUCCCAUCCAGACAGACUAAUCAUUGUGUCAUGUGCACAUGCUCUAAUGGAAACAUCUUCUGUGCUUUAAAAAGCUGCCAACCGUUGACCUGUUCCUCACCAGUGUCCAUUCCAGAUACAUGCUGCCUGGUUUGCAAAGAUGGCGGCAUGAGUGAGUUUUCUACGGCUGAAGAUGGAGGACAGCAGUUGAACCGAGGAGUUAGACAUUCCGUGGAUCAGUGUGCUGCAGAACAGCUCCGAGAGCGAUCUGUCAGGGGGACUCCGUCCACAGCCAGGGUCACCCCCAGAGGGCUGAGCCUGGCCAAACUGCACCUCAAAGGGGGCUCAGAGACCACAGUCAAGAUCGUCCUCCAGAAGAAGCACUGGAGAGCUUGUUUGUACAGCGGCAAGACAUAUUCCCAUGGGGAUGUGUGGCACCCGGUUCUGGGGAAGGUUCUAGAGUGCAUCCUGUGCACCUGCAGAGAUGGCCUUCAGGACUGCAAACGGAUCACGUGUCCUGGCCAGUAUCCAUGCGAUCAUCCUAUGAAAACAGAGGGAAAGUGCUGUAAGAUUUGUCCAGAACUGAGACCAGAAAACAGGACGGACUGCUAUCAUGGGCACGGCAGUAACACCCUCUUGGUGUACAAAGUGGAGCCAUCAUCCAAAGUUCACCCAGAGGACAUAGUUAGAAUAAUUGCUAUUGAAAGACAAGGGACUGCUGAAGUCGAAGUGCAAGUGUGGAAAGCUGUAGGAGGUGUUUUGCAAAUGAUAGAGACUGCAGAGACUCAGAGGAAAGACGUUAUGGAUCAUCCUGAAAACUACACACUAUUGACAACACUCACUGAAGAGAUCUGGAGGACUUUUAAGGAUGAAGGAAAUAAGCAGAGUGAAUUUCCUCAGACCAUCAUCUGUGACGAAGGCAUAAAGGAGGUAGUCAAGUUCUUAAACCCAGAACAGCUGGACUCAAUUUGCUCAAUUUAAUUCUUAACUUAAUCCUCAGUCUCAGUCUGUAUUUUGAAUCGACACUUAUAAAGACGUCAUCUGAACACAGCAUAUUCACAUGUCAACAAGUAGAAAGGUGUUUUAGUUUUUUGUAUUGUUAUGAGGACUAUAUUCAAACCUAACUCACAAUGUAAUUUGAGAUUACUAGUAGUCAUCAGAAUUGUUGUCCAGAUCAUGUUUGGUAGUAGACCCAAUGUGCCUCUGAUUAAUCCACAGCUUCUUGUUGGCUCGUAUUGUCCAGGCCGAUUUAAUGUGACUGCAAACCAUGAUUACACUUUUCAUAAAAUAUUUCAACCAUACGAAACAUGAGCACAUGCAUAUGAUAUAAAACUAUUUUACAUCUGGACUGAAAAACACAUGAAAGCAAACUGUUUGGCUAUCACUGAUUCUGGUAAAUACUACUGUUUGAAAUAUUAUGGAAUUUUUGAAUGUACCAAUGAAUUAUAAUCAUUAUAUUUAUUGUAAAUACAAAUUGACAGAUGUAAUUUUGUGGCUGAAAUGUAAAACGCUUGUGCAUUUCAUACAUGGUACUAUGUAUAUAUCUAUGGUUGUAUUUGAAUGUGUGAAAUAAUUGCAGAAGAGCCUAAAGCAGUAGUGCUCUGAGGCAUGGGUUCAGUGCGCUGCCAUAGCCUUGAUAUUACCUGGAUUUACUGCUGAUACUAUGAAAUAUCUUGAAAUGAGUAAACUGUGGCACAGGGGGUCGGACAAACUGUGUUUAAGAUAUACGUACCCGACACUCUGCUUGUUGGCAUCCUGAGGAAUUUGUGCGUACAGACCGGCUUUGAUAUCCAAGCCAAAAUGCAUAGAAAACGUGAAGUAUGUGUAUGUAAAGACAGUCUAUGUCUGAAGUUUCUGUAUUCUAAAUUCUUAAAUGUAUAAUCUAAUAUAUCAUUUUCUUCCUGCUA